AUGGCGGGCGGCACGGCGGCAACAGAGAGCGGCGGCGUCGCGGGGUGGUGCGGCCGAGAGGAGGCAGACAGGCAGCCGGGAUGCGACGGGAUCGGUGGCGAUGUGGCGUGGGCAGCGGUAGAGCAGCAACGACGCAUGACGCGGUGCGGCGACGUGUGGGCACGCACUGGCAUGGGCGCCGGCCAGAGGAAGGGGACGGGCCCGACAGCAAGCCCCCGAGAGGGCUUAGUUGAUCAACCUCACUACGGCUAUAAGAUUGAUCAUGGGACAUCUUUUGAAACCCAUCAAAACGUUGGUUAUAUCGAAUUAGAUACGAAAUUAUCCAUCUUUGAAACAGGUAUUAAGGUGGUCGAUCUUUUAGCUCCUUAUCGGCGUGGAGGAAAAAUCGGACUAUUUGGGGGAGCUGGAGUAGGUAAAACAGUACUCAUCAUGGAAUUAAUCAACAAUAUUGCUAAAGCUCACGGAGGCGUAUCCGUAUUUGGCGGAGUAGGGGAACGGACUCGUGAAGGAAAUGAUCUUUAUAUGGAAAUGAAGGAAUCCGGAGUAAUUAAUGAAAAAAAUCUUGAGGAAUCAAAGGUAGCUCUAGUCUAUGGCCAAAUGAAUGAACCGCCAGGAGCUCGUAUGAGAGUUGGUUUGACUGCCCUAACUAUUAUAACUUCGAUCCAAGCGGUUUAUGUACCUGCGGACUAUUUGACCGACCCUGCUCCUGCUACAACAUUUGCACAUUUGGAUGCUACUACCGUACUUUCUAGAGGAUUAGCUUCCAAGGGUAUUUAUCCUGCAGUAGAUCCUUUAGAUUCAACCUCAACUAUGUUACAACCUCGGAUCGUUGGCAAUGAACAUUAUGAAACUGCGCAAAGAGUUAAGCAAACUUUACAACGUUACAAAGAACUUCAGGACAUUAUCGCAAUUCUUGGGUUGGAUAAAUUAUCGGAGGAGGAUCGUUUAACUGUAGCAAGAGCACGAAAAAUUGAGCGCUUCUUAUCACAACCGUUUUUUGUGGCAGAAGUUUUUACCGGUUCUCCGGGAAAGUAUGUUGGUCUUGCAGAAACAAUUAGGGGAUUUCAAAUAAUCCUUUCCGGAGAAUUAGACAGCCUACCCAAACAGGCUUUUUAUUUGGUGGGUAACAUCGAUGAAGCUAGCACGAAAGCUAUAAACUUAGAAGAGGAGAACAAAUUGAAGAAAUGAAAUUAAAUCUUUAUGUACUGACUCCUAAGCAAAUUAUUUGGGAUUGUGAAGUGAAAGAAAUCAUUUUAUCUACUAAUAGUGGCCAAAUUGGCGUAUUACCAAACCACGCCCCCAUUAACACUGCUGUAGAUAUGGGUCCCUUGAGAAUACACCUCGUCAACGAUCAAUGGUUAACGGCGGUUUUGUGGAGCGGUUUUGCCAGAAUAGUUAAUAAUGAGAUCAUCAUUUUAGGAAAUGAUGCGGAACUGGGUAGUGACAUUGAUCCGGAAGAAGCUCAACAGGCACUUCAAAUAGCCGAAGCUAACGUGAGUAGAGCUGAGGGUACGAAAGAAUUGGUUGAAGCGAAGCUAGCUCUCAGACGAGCUAGGAUACGAGUCGAGGCUAUUAAUUGGAUUCCUCCAUCUAAUUGAAGACAACCCAACGGUUUAGUUGAUACAAAGAAAAAG